AUGCCGGAUUUCGUUGGCCUCGCAACGUGUGGAGCGCUGGAGGCGUGGGCGGCACGCAACGCAUUCAAGCUUUUCAAGUAUAUCUUGUGUUAUGAACUCCAACGGAUGAGUGUUCUAUCCCCUACCUUCGUGACUCACUGGAAAGAAGCAAACUCUGCCGGCUCAGUAAGCUGCGUACCACCGUGCUGUGCACGUCACUCUCGCGCCACACAACCCCACGUUGUCCCUUCUGUACAGCAGCUCGGCACAAGCAGUACACUACCAGAUGCCUCUGAAGCCAUCGAAACUGAUUUCAUAGAGAAUAUAACUGUUCUGACCCCAGUAGAGCCUAUUCAAUAG